CCCAAGAAAAUAUUCAUGGUUUUAGAGUACUGUCCUGGAGGAGAACUGUUUGAUUACAUAAUUUCCAAGGAUCACCUUUCCGAGGAGGAAGCUCGCAUAUUUUUUCGGCAGAUUGUUUCAGCAAUUGCAUAUGUGCACAGUCAGGGAUAUGCCCACAGGGAUCUCAAACCAGAAAAUUUGCUGAUUGAUGGGGAGCAUAAUCUGAAGCUGAUAGACUUUGGACUUUGUGCAAAGCCAAAGGGUGGCCUUGAUUACCAUCUGAACACCUGCUGUGGAAGCCCAGCUUAUGCGGCACCAGAGCUGAUUCAGGGCAAAGCAUACAUUGGCUCAGAGGCAGAUAUUUGGAGUAUGGGAGUACUGCUGUAUGCUCUACUGUGUGGCUUUCUUCCCUUUGAUGAUGAUAAUGUCAUGGCUGUCUACAGGAAGAUCACGAGAGGAAAAUACAGUACUCCAAACUGGCUCUCUCCUAGCAGUACAUUGCUCCUUGAUCAAAUGCUGCAGGUCGACCCAAAGAAGCGGAUUACAAUCCAACACCUGUUAAGUCACCCUUGGCUCAUGGAAGGUUUUUCUGAUACUGUUCAAUGGCAAAGUAAAUACCCACUGGGACAUCUUGAUGAGGACUGUGUAACAGAGCUUUCUGUGUUUCAUGAGCAGAGCAGGGAGACUAUAUUGCAAUUAAUAACAGAGUGGAAAUAUGACCACAUGUCAGCAACAUACCUCUUGCUUCUAUCCAAGAAGGCUCGUGGCAAGCGUGUUCGUUUAAGGUUUCCGUGUCUAACAGAGCAUGCCAGUUCCAUGAUGUCAACCGUCCUUGAGCAUUCGAGGCCUGAUGCCCAACCGGAGGAUAUGGAACUCAAACUGUCAACUCCAGUGACAAGAAAAGUGGCAUCAAAGAAGCAUAAAGACAAAGAGAAUGUUGAGACAGUGUCAGCUUUAAGAUAUGAAAUGCCCUUUGUGCUUCCUAAGACUCCUCUUGCAAAAAGUCAGAUUGAGACAGAGGUACAAGCUGUUCCCCUUGGGGCAUCUGCUUUCAAAGAGAGUCAGUUCACUGCAGUCACCCCAGUUAAGAAACCCGAUAACCGAACAAAUGCAGAUGAAUUGUCAGCAGCGGAGAUUCUUCCUGAAAGAAGGUGUCAGUCAGUGGAAUUAGAUCUUGACCUUGCACAUGUGGAUAGCAGCCAAAAGAAGAGAAAAGCCAAAAUAUUUGGAAGUCUUGAAAGAGGCCUAGAUAAAGUGAUCACAAUGCUCACACCAAGCAAGAAAAAACGAUGCACUAGAAACUGUCCAAGGAAACUUAAGGCACACUGUAACAUUACCACCACUCAUCUGCUGAAUCCAGACAAACUGUUGAAUGAAAUAAUCAUUGUUCUUUCAAAGAAGCAUGUGGAAUAUGUUCAGAAGGGUUAUACCCUGAAAUGUCAAACACGGUCAGAUUUUGGUAAAGUAACUAUGGAGUUUGAGUUAGAAGUAUGUCAGCUCACUAAGCCUGAAGCAGUGGGUAUCCGGCGACAACGGCUUAAAGGAGAUGCCUGGGUCUAUAAGAGACUGAUAGAAGACAUCUUAUCUAGCUGCCAAGUGUGAGUGGCAGUCUUUUAUCACGAUGUUUUAGAAAGGUCUUUUCAGACAAGUAAUUCUUUCUCACGGUCACAGCUAUAUGUGAAAAAUCUGUCAUCUUGGAUUUUUAACCAUCCCUCCUUGUACAUUUUCCUUCUGUAUGCUUCCAUUAAUACUAGGUUUGUAAUAAAUGUUCUGCAACUACAACUUUUCUGAAGCA